GUAAAAAAUUCGAAUUUUUGAGGGAUUUCUUUAAAAUUUAUUAUGUUUAAUGAAAAUAUUAUAAAUAAAGAAGAGAAUACAUACAUUAAUAAUGAAUUGUUAAAUCCUAUUGAAAAUCAUGAAGAAGAACCAUGUUCUUUACAGCAUCAUUUUGAUGGUUUUUUUAUGUGUUAUACAUUAAAAAACCAAUUUGUUCAUUAUUAUCGCUAUGGACAACGUCCAGACUGUUCAUCAAAAUGGAGAGACUUAUUAUGGUGUAUACGUUCAAAAAGUCAAAGUAAAGAAAUGGAACAGAAGAUGUUACAUGAAAAAAGGCUUGAAAGACUUGAAAAGCUUAAAAAAGGCAGAAACAGCGAAGAAAUUUGGUCAUUAAAAACAUAAUUUAUCAUAUAUAUAUCAAAAAUAUGUUUAAUCUAUUUAUUGG